AUGGCUUUGACAAAGGCAACCUAUGAGUUGAUGACAGGAGCUGAGAAACUUUCUUCAUUGUUGGACGACACUGCAAACUGGGAUUCAAGGAUGCAAAUGCAAUCUUCACCAGAGAGACCACCUACCCUGCUUCUUGUUUCGUGGGUGGGGAGAUGCGUUGGUCCAGAACUUCCGAAAUUGGCAUUUCAAGGGCAAGUUACUAAACUCACACACACUACAUGGAUAUUAAGACUUGAACCCAGGACCUUAUCCGAGGGAGCAAUUGCUCCAAACCACUAA